AUGGACACUAUUGACGUUACCCAGGCUAUCAUUCCUUACCUUGAGGAGUACUACGAUCUAACAUAUGUUGUCGUCUCGCUAGUGUUUCUGUCUCCGAUGGGCGGAUACAUUAGUGCUGCACUCCUUAACAACUGGCUGCACAUUCACUUUGGUCAACGGGGCGUUGCUUUCCUUGGACCUGUUUGCCAUCUAGUAGCCUAUGUAGGCAUUGCCCUCCAUCCGCCCUACCCUGUUUUAGUGAUCUUGUUCAUCUUCUCGGGAUUUGGAAAUGGCAUCGAAGACGCAGCCUGGAACGCGUGGGCAGGCAGUUUGGCCAAUGCGAAUGAGGUUUUGGGAUUCGUGCAUGGGCUAUACGGGCUGGGGGCUCUGCUCAGUCCGCUCGCUGCUACUAGUCUGAUUACGAAGCGUGGAUGGCAAUGGUAUCAGUUCUACUACAUCAUGCUCGGUGGCGCCUGCAUUGAGCUUGCGACGUCGAUUUGGGCAUUCCGAACGAGUUCAGGUCAGGUUUAUCGCGAACAAUUACUUCGCGCGAAUGCAGAAAGUGAGGGCCGUCUUAAGCAGGCACUCAGAAGUCGCGUCACCUGGAUUGCUGCUAUCUUCCUCUUCGGGUAUGUCGGGGCCGGUGGAGCGCUUGGAGGCUGGAUUGUCACCUUCAUGCGUCAGGAAAGAGCAGGCGGUGAUUUUGAGUCUGGCAUUGUCGCGACCGGAUUCUGGACUGGCAUCGCUGCUGGCCGCCUUGUCUUGAGCUUCAUCACACCAAAGCUUGGCGAGAAGCUCGCUGUCCUGAUAUACAUUGUUAUCGCCAUCACAUGCCAACUCAUGUUCUGGCUCGUUCCAUCCUUCCACGUCUCAGCCAUCUUUGUCGCACUACAAGGCUUCUUCCUCGGUCCGCUCUUUCCAGCCGUCAUCGUCGCAGCGACUAAAGCUCUUCCGCCACAUCUCCAUGUCUCUGCGAUAGGCUUUGCUGCUGCGAUAGGUGUUGGCGGAGGUGCUGCGUUACCCUUUGCUAUCGGAUCGCUUGCUCAAACAGAAGGCCUUGGUGUCCUACAACCUAUCAUUCUGGCUGUUCUCGCAGCUCUCUUGGUUCUGUGGCUGUGCUUUCCGAAAUUAGAAAAGAGAAAGACGGAAGGAGGGGUGCCACUGCUCUCGCCAGAAGAGCAAAGAAAAUGGUGGCUCAACGUCGAUAUUGAUCUUGUAGAGAUUAUGAGACGUGUGGUGAGGAGGGAUUCGAGUGGCCAGAUGGUCGCAACUGCCUAG